AUGUGUCCUCACAGCAUUUCCAAAGUAUGGUGCCUAAUAAUGAACACAACAGAAAGCCCCUCAUCAUUCAUCUCUGUACAGAACAGCAGCCAAUCCAGCAACGAGACAAACCUGAGCAUUGCAACAUCAUUUGGGAGCAAAUACAACCUUUACAUUGGUUUAAUAUUAGCAGUAAGCUCCAGCAUUUUCAUCGGGUCAAGUUUCAUCAUGAAGAAAAAAGGCCUUUUACGGUUGGCUGAAAAGGGAGUCACCAGAGCAGGGCAGGGUGGAUUCUCAUACCUGAAGGAAUGGCUUUGGUGGGCCGGGCUUCUCUCAAUGGGGGCAGGAGAAGCUGCGAACUUUGCUGCGUAUGCAUUUGCACCAGCCACUUUAGUGACCCCACUAGGUGCACUGAGUGUUCUUAUAUGUGCAAUUCUGUCUUCAUAUUUCCUGAAUGAAAAACUGAACAUACAUGGGAAGCUUGGAUGUCUUCUGUGUAUUCUUGGUUCAACCAUGAUGGUCAUACAUGCCCCUCAAGAGGAAGAGGUCACAUCUCUGCAUGCUCUAGAAAUAAAACUAAGGGAUCCAGGUUUCAUUGCUUUUGCUACAGUGUCUGUUGUGGCUUCCCUGGUCCUAAUAGUACUUGUUGCCCCCAAAAAAGGUCAAACCAACAUCCUAGUUUACAUUGCCAUUUGCUCUAUAAUUGGUGCUUUUUCUGUAUCAUCUGUGAAAGGAUUGGGAAUCUCCAUCCAUGAGUUCAUUGAACGGAAACAAGUUUACAAAAAUCCUCUAUUCUACAUCUUAAUGGCCUCACUGGUUUUAUCUGUCAGUACACAGAUCAAUUAUCUCAACAAAGCUCUGGAUAUCUUCAAUACCUCUAUAGUGACACCUAUAUAUUAUGUCUUCUUCACGACUAUGGUGGUCACCUGUUCAGUGAUCUUGUUCAAGGAAUGGAAUAGUAUGGAUAUUGGCGACAUGAUUGGGACAUUAAGUGGCUUCCUUACCAUUAUUAUUGGCAUCUUUCUUCUGCAUGCCUUUAAGAACACCAAUAUCACAUGGAGUCAGAUCACCUCUAGCAUCAAGAAAGAAAAACAGACAGUACCUGAUGGACAGGAAGACCAACACAGCCUGCUUGGGAAUGCAGAACAUUCCAUAUUGGCAUUUGAGGAUGAUAUGGCCAUCUUCAAUAGGACAAGCCAACAGCACUGA